GCCUUCUAAACUGAAAGUGUUUCUCUCUGAACUUCGACUCCAUUUUGUGGUGCGUUAUGAAUGUCAAAAAUCUCUGAGGAAGAAACUGUUAUAUUAAUGUCACACAAGGACAUUGUAUAAAGUGUUUGAAAGAAGACAUCAGACUCCAGUUUAUGCAGGCUGUACUAAUAUUCACAGAUGGAGACUCCUGAUCCGAACACAGACAAUGUUUUCCCAGCCUCAAACAACUGUAAACUCCAGGGAAAGAGAUCAAUGUCACCAACAGCCAGCUGUACUUCUAUGAAAAGUGAUCAGUCAAUGGAUCAUCCUAGGCAUUUUAAAGAUGGAGACUCCUCACUUCUAUACAGGCCUGGCCCAGAAUCUGAUGUGGUAAAUGAAUUUAAAAAAAACUUCAAAUUAAACCUAAUGAAGAAGUUUCAGUGUUUGAAUGGAGUGAUAAUAAACCUGGGAACACAAACACUCCUGAGUGAGACCUAUGCAGAGCUCUACAUCACAGAGGGAGACAGUGGAGAAGUCAAUAAUGAACAUGAGGUGAGACAGAUCGAGGCAGCAUCCAGGAGAAGAACAACAGAGGAAACACCAAUCAAAUGCAAUGACAUCUUUAAGCCUUUAUCUGAACAAGACAAACCCAUCAGAACUGUGCUGACAAAGGGAGUCGCUGGCAUCGGGAAAACAGUCUCUGUGCAGAAGUUCAUUCUGGACUGGACUGAAGGGAAAGUACAUCAGGACGUCCACCUCAUAUUUCCACUUCCUUUCAGAGAGCUAAACUUGAUGAAUGACCAGACACUGAGUCUGAUGGAGCUCCUUCAUGUCUUUUUUAAUCAAACAAAAGAAACAGAAAUGUCCAGUUUGGAAAAAGUUCUGUUCAUUUUUGACGGCUUGGACGAGUGUCGUUUUCCUCUAGAUUUUCAGAACACAGUGAGAGUGUGUGAUGUAACUGAAUCAGCAUCAGUGCCUGUGCUGCUGAUAAACCUGAUCAAAGGGAAUCUGCUUCCCUCUGCUCUCAUCUGGAUCACCUCCAGACCUGCAGCAGCUGAUCAAAUCCCCUCUGAGUGUGUGGAUCGAGUCACAGAGGUAGGAGGGUUCAAUGACCCACAGAAGGAGGAGUACUUCAGGAAGAGGAUCAGUGAUCAGAGCCUGGCCAAUAAUAUCAUCACACACCUGAAGUCAUUAAGAAGCCUCUACAUCAUGUGUCACAUCCCAGUCUUCUGCUGGAUUUCAGCCGCUGUUCUAGAGAGAAUGUUGGGUGAAGCAGAGAGUGGAGAGAUCCCCAAGACUCUGACUCAAAUGUACACACACUUCCUCAUCAUUCAGUCAAACAUCAUCAGAGAAAAAUACUCAAAGAAGCAGGAAAGUGAUGAAGAAAUGCUUCUUAAACUGGGACAACUGGCUUUUCAGCAGCUGAAGAAAGGGAACCUGAUCUUCUAUGAUGAAGACCUGAGAGAGUGUGGUAUUGAUGUGAGAGAAGCAGCAGUGUACUCAGGUGUGUGUACUCAGAUCUUCAGAGAGGAGUUUGGGCUUCACCAGAGUAAAGUGUACUGCUUUGUUCAUCUGAGCAUUCAGGAGCAUCUCGCAGCUCUGUAUGUGCACCUGACAUUGAGGAUUAAACAGAGAAAUGUUGUUCAUCUGUAUCAGGUCUCUGAACAGUGGAUGGCAGAAUAUAUAUUUAACAAAUAUUCAAUCUCACAUGUACACAAGAUUGCUAUAGAUGAGACUCUAGAAAGUCCGACUGGACAUCUGGACCUUUUCCUUCGCUUUCUUCUGGGUCUCUCACUGGAGUCCAAUCAGAAACUCUUAUAUGCUGUAGUCACACAGACAGGAAGUAGCUCCAGGUGCACAGAGGAAACGGUUCAGUACAUUAAGGAGAAGAUCAGUGAAGAUCUUCCUACAGAGAAAUCCAUCAAUCUGUUCCACUGUCUGAAUGAACUGGGUGAUAAUUCUCUAGUGGAGGAAAUCCAACACUACCUGAAAUCUGGAAAACAAAGUGAACUUUCUUCUUCACAGCUGUCUGCUCUGGUGUUUGUGUUACUGACAUCAGCACAGGAGCUGGAUGAAUUUGACCUGAGUAAAUAUUUCAGUACAGAUAAGAUAACAGAAGAUGUUGUUCUGAAGAUGAUGCCUGUGAUUGAAGCAUCCAGUAAAGCAAUGUAAGUAAAGCUGAACAUAACUGUUAUACUGUUAAAGUGUUAGAAAGAGCAAAACAAAUAGAUAAUCUUAACUGCAUGAGCAAAUGAAUAAGACUGAAGGGCAUAUGAUUAUAUUUGAGGAGAAAAACCUCAAUGUUUUGACGUUCUGACAGUAACUGACAUAAUUAAGAAGUUUCUUAAAGUGACGAUGUUAUGAUGUUUUAUGUUAGAUAUUUGGUGUAUGUUCAGACCUAUGAUACCACCAUAUACGUAUACAGAACCAUGUUUACUGCAGUAAUGCAAAAUCACCAGAUAUAACUUUUUUAAUA